AUGGCUUUAGUCUCCAGCCUUCCCGUGUUAUCAUUGUGCUCCUCUGGCAAUCUUCAGACAGCCGCAGUACCAACAACAAUCAGCCUACUGCCACUCUUCGAUCUACUUAACCACGACCCAAGCGUCUCACAACCAGAACUGUGCAUUGAGCCUACAGACCCCUGCCGCUUACGAAUGAUUACUCGAGCAGCUUAUGCGUCUGGCGAACAGGUCUGUUAUGUUGACUUCUAUGAAUCGAGAAAUUUGAGUCGAGUAAAGCUCAACAAGCUAUACUACAUUGAGGCAGUCUUUUGA